AUUGUAAAAUUUGUAAAUUAUAAGAGAUGUUAAAAAGUUAGAAAAUUUCUUUAAUUUGUGUAUGUAGUAUUGAGUAUAAAAUUUUCAUAUUUUCCAUUAAAAUAUUAUUAAAUAUAGUUUAAAGAGGAGGAAAAAUAAAGAAGUAGAAAUAAUGUACAGUUUUGAUGGUGAUUUUAGACGUAGACCAAUACAAAACUUGGGUGGUAAAACUACAACAUCUGACCGAGAUGAAGUUAUACGUAAGGCUCAAGUCGAACGAGAAAAACGUAAUUUAUUAAGACAACAAAACAAUGGGGCUAUUAUAUUACAAUCGUAUUCUCGAAGUUUCUUGCAUCGACAAAGGAAAAAACGUCUAGAACGAGAAAAAUUUGAUGAAUUUCUGAAGGAAAAUAAUCAUUUAUUACAAAAUGAAAAUAAUUUAAGUGUUGCAUUAAGACGUUUGAUAUUUUUUUAUUCCCCUGAUAAAGACUGUAAUCGACUAGUUGAAGUAUGUCAACAAAUUAUUAAAAAUCCAGACAGAAUAAUUGUGAACGCAGUAACGGAUUCUAUUUGGUUACAUCGAAUAAAAAAACUGCUUAAUUUAUGUUUAACUCAAUUGGGUGUGCAAAAUUCAAAUCAAACAAUACCAUUAAGAACUUUAGAAACAUUUGCAUCAGGAAAUUAUAUCAUAAAGUAUAUGCAAAAAGAAACAAAUUUAGAGGACAAUGAUAAAAUAUCAGAGUUGAGAGAAAAGUUUUUGAAGAGCUUAUUUGAUUAUUUAAUCCAGAACGGAAAUUAUUUCAAACGAAUACGUAUAAUUUUAGAAAAUAAAUGCCCCCCAUUGGAUGGCGAAACAACACAGCCCCCAAAUCAAUUAUGCCGAGCUCUUUUCGAAAUGAUUUUGUGGCCAAUGCAAUUAGUUAAAAAUAAUGAACACAUGUAUUGUGAAUCAUUUGCAAAAUAUAUUUUAAGUCCAGAAUUUAGUGAACCCAUACGGUAUUUUAUACUUCCCAGUUUGGCGACAAGAAGAGAUUUUCCAUUUAGUCAACUAAUAAAUUGUUUAGGUUCCAAACUUUGUAAUCGAAAUUUGCAAAAAAUGGAUAUUGAUGAUCAGGAAUUAUUUACCCACAGCAAUAAUAAUAAUACUAAAUUUGUGAAGAAUGAAUCCAAUACGGAGCUCUUUUCUUCAUUUCUCCUAAAUUCAAUAUUUAUUUUAGAUACGGAUGUAUUAGAUCAAUUAGGUAAGGACGGUAUAUCUCUGGGAAACUAUAUCAAAAUUAUUUCAACUAUCUCACCAAAAAUUUUGAAUUUACCUAAAUCGACUUUAAAGCAGAAUACAAUUGAUGACUUGGAUGACGAUGGUGUGUCAGAUGAUUCUGAUUGCGAGAUGGCUGUUUUAAAAUCAAAUCCACCUCUGAUAUCUUCAAUUGAAACUAAAACUUUAUUGGAAAUCGUAAAUUAUCUCAACAGUACAGCCCGAGUUAAAUUAAUUUGCGAGAAUGUAAAUAAAUUUAUAGCAGAUCCGGAAAUUUUAUACUCACUUUGUAAACUUUGCCACAACUUGAUGGUGUACAACAAGAAUGCUAUAAUGAUUUACGAACUUCUUUAUAAUUUAGCUUUCAUGCCUGAAUUUAUACGAGCUAUUUGGUAUACUUUAGCAUCACAAUCAGCAAAACAAGGUUUUUCCUCUCCUCUGAUAUUAAUAUCGAAAGGGAUGGUACCAAAAUCCGAAAUAGAAAUUAAUCGUACAAUUGCAUUUUUAGCAACAUUUUGCGCUCUUUUUGGCCGUCUUUUACCAACUAGGCACGAUGGGGAAUUUAAAAGAGAGCACUCUUUUCAACAGGAUUGUUAUCAAGGUAAAAGUGAUAAAUUAAUGCCGUUUUCGAUUGAAGAAAUCGUCCAACUAAGUAAGACAUUGAAGGAAAUAUCGCUCGGUUUAGUUGAAUUGGCAUUUCCAGAGACAAGAUCUGCGCUUAAUGAACAUUAUAGAUCAGUUUUGGGGCGCAGCCAUUCUGAUGAUGAGAAAAUAAAGCAGAAGAAACAAGUUUGGACAAACUUACUUAAUGUUGUUGUAACGGUUUUAAAUCAAAUUCAUGCUCGAGAUCUGCGGAUGUCAUUUUGUCCUGAAAAUCAUUGGACAGUUUUGACUUUAAAUUUGCCAUUGGAUAAGCCAACAGAUUUACCGUUAACAAGAGCGAGCAGAAUGCGAGGCAUAAGACCUUUUCAGCCGAUCAGAGACUUUACUAGAGAAGAUUUUGAAAAUAACGAUGGACCUCCCAUAUCCACUAAACAAAUUAGAUCAAUUACUAUACUAAGAGAAAUUCCAUUUGUUGUACCGUUUAAUCAGAGAGUUAGUAUUUUACAAGGUCUGAUCGCUGCUGAUAAAAUUAGAGUUCAAGGUAAUCUACAAGGGUUUUUACAUGGCCCUUCAAUAUUAUUGACCGUUAGAAGAUCACAUUUAUAUGAAGACGCGUAUGAUAAAUUAAGACCAGAGAACGAACCUGAUUUGCGACAUAAGUUUCGUGUUCAGUUUACUAAUAGCCUUGGUUUGAGUGAAGUUGGUAUUGAUGGUGGUGGACUAUUUAGAGAAUUUCUGUCUGAACUCAUAAAAACAGCGUUUGAUCCGAAUCGAGGAUUUUUCAUGAUAACCACCGAUAAUAGAUUAUAUCCAAAUCCUGGUGUUGCUGAUAUUGUUUCGGAUUUUGAGAAACAUUAUUAUUUUAUGGGGCGUAUAUUAGGAAAAGCAAUUUAUGAAAAUCUUCUGGUAGAGCUUCCUUUAGCUGAAUUUUUCUUAUCAAAAUUGGCUGGAAAAUAUUCCGAUGUUGACGUACAUCAGUUAGCCUCCUUAGAUCCUGAAUUGUAUAAAAAUUUAUUAUCUCUUAAAGAAUAUGAUGGGGAUGUUUCAGAAUUAGGGUUAGAUUUUACUGUUGUUAGCAAUGAUCUGGGUAAAACUGAAAUCAAAGAUUUAAAACCUAAUGGGAAAGAUAUAAUUGUUAAUUCUUCUAACAAAAUUGAAUACAUACAAUUGAUGGCAGAUUAUAAGUUGAAUAAACAAAUUAGACAACAUUGCGUAGCAUUUCGGAAAGGUUUGUCUAAUGUACUUCCGGUUGAGUGGCUAUACAUGUUUAGUAAUAAAGAACUGCAAAUAUUAAUAUCUGGUGCGGAGAUACCAAUAGAUAGCGAAGAUUUACAAAAGCACUGCAAAUAUGGCGGUGAAUAUAGUCCAGAUCACCCAACAAUACAAUGCUUUUGGAAAGUAUUCGAUGAAUUUACUGAUACACAGAGAAGACAACUACUAAAAUUUGUAACGAGUUGCUCUAGGCCACCAUUGCUGGGUUUCAAAGAUUUAGAUCCACCGUUUUUAAUACAAAAUGCUGGCAAUGAAGAAAGGUUACCAACAGCAAGUACUUGUACUAAUUUAUUAAAAUUACCUGCAUUCAAAACUAUCGAACAAAUGCGUGAAAAGUUAUUGUAUGCAAUACAAGCUGAGGCUGGAUUUGAUCUUAGUUAAAAACAAUAAUUAUAAGAAGAUUUUUUAACUUAAUAUACUUAUGUAUGUGUUUAUGUAUUAAUGCAUAUGAUAUGUACAUACAUAUAAAAUAUGAAAGGUUGGAAAAUAUUAAAAUAAACCUAUAUUUAAAUAAGAAUAUACGAAUGAAAGAAAAUUAAGGUCUCUGUAUUUCUUUCCAAAACUAAACUAAGAUAAAAUUGAAAUAUAGAUUAAGUUGU